AUGGAGUUUGUGCCAUGGGACACGGAGAAAAAUAAGAAGACGCCACUGUGGACAGGAGACUACACAAAUGCGGACCACUUAUCUUGUGCUACCACCUUCGACCAACUCUUCGACUGGAUGGAUCUGAAGAAAUCCAUGGCGCUGUGGUUGCGAGCUUCGAUGUACAAGAAGGAGAAAGUGUUGCAGAUCCACUGGGAAAAGAUCCGGCCUUUGCAACACGCUUUGACGAAUUUGAUCAGCCUACAUGACCUGACUACUUCCAGAGAUUGCAUCCUGGGUAUGAUGGCGAUUCGCUUCUUCUACUUGGUCAUCCAAGGUGCUUCCUAUCGAGACGAGGCCUUGAUGAACGAGACCGCCUUGGCCAUUGAUUGGUAUUACAUGGUGGCAAAAUUCAAGUGGUCCCUUCUGUUGAAGACUGGAUGGGCUCCCAUCUUUUUCCAGUCCUGGGCAUUGGUUGGUACCGAUAUGCACCUGCGACAUCCGGACAAGAUCUGGACGGAUUGUACGGAGCUGCCGGGCGUUGGACGGGUCUACAGCUCACGCGAGAUGCAGGAGAUGGAACCCGCGGAAACUAUGGCUUACUGGGAAAAGCUGGUAAAGGUGCUGGAUAGUGUGAGUGAGGAGGAUGCACAUCGCUGCCCUUUGGCUUAUGCUCACGUGGCGAGCGUGUUGGCCUUCUCUCAGGUGGACGAAGACACUGCAGACUUUUCGUUUUCGGGCAGCCUGCUCGAUGCGGCGCAGCAGAUGUUGAGGAGGUACCAAGAGAAGAACAAUUACACCUUGGCCAACUUGAUGUUGUCCAAGUGGGAAUUCUUCAAGAUCAGUGCCGAACUGGCCACUCGAGUUGAUGAUAAGGACGGUCGCUCCACCCUUGGCUCUUGCGGCCUCUUGUGGUGCAAAGAGGAGCUCACGCCCAACCCACGCACCUGUGAGUGCGAGAUUGUCUUCACGCAAGACUUCAGGAACUCCACGUUUUGCCUCUUCGUGGUAGAUAACCGGCGGAGGUCUUCAUUGAGGAAUAUCACCUCCAUCCUGAAUGCCAGGUAUUGGACCUUGUCGUACGGCAUCAAUUGGGCCUAUGCGCAGGAUCAUGGCUACGAGAUCGAUUAUGUUCAGCCUGAUCCUGUCCAUCACUAUCCCGACAGAAAGAUUGGUUGGGCCAAAGUGAAGGUCAUCCAUGAUGCCUUGCGGGAGCGAGGACCCGAGCGCUGUAACUUCGGGGUGUCCUUGGACUCGGACGCCUUCAUUCGCACCUCGGAGUCGCUGAGCGCCAUCGUGGAAGAUUAUGGCAUGCACGAGGACAAGCAGAUCCUCUUUUCACAGGAGUAUCACAUGGAAGAGGGCCUUCGGAAAGACCAGCAGGACUUCAUCAAUGGUGGAUUCUUCAUCGUACGGAACUCCCCGGAAGGGUUGAAGAUCCUGGACGAUUGGUACAACGUUCCGGAGACUCACGAGGACAUGGCGCAUUUGAAGAAAGAGAACCCCCAAGGCUUGAACUUGUGUUGGGACCGCAAGAUGCAGCCCAAGUAUGCUGAUGUACCAAGGUCGGGACUACCUUGGGUGCUGCGGGAGGAUUGCCUGCUGGGCGGAACGGAAGCUGUUUCCAUCAAAAGUCGAAGUAUCACUGUACCACCCGGGAAACGGCUGGUCAUUGACUUACAGAGCCAGUUGCACAUCGAAACGCAACUGCUACGGCUGGAUGGUGAACUGUGGGUCGGAUGCGUCGAAGACGCCUUCGAGGGAGAUUUCCAGCUACAGCUAUCAGGGCCUGAUGAGUUGCAUGACACUUUUGAUUAUUCACGCGCGGGUUUGCCAGAUUUUCCACCACUAGCACUCUCGCGCGUUUUGUUCGUGAGCAACACCGGGCGUUUGGAACUGCACGGCAGGCCCAAGUUGUCUUGGACAUAUCUGGCUGCCAGUGCUGCAGCUGGCACUCGGCGAAUACGGCUGGAGCAUCCAACUGCCUGGCAGAGGGGUGAUGAAAUUCUGAUGGCUCCCACUGGCGCUGCCUCAACCUUUGAGACACAUCGGAUUGCGAAGGUGUUGACUUCCAGUGACCUACUCCUCCAAACUCCGCUGUCCACUGAUCACCUGGGUGCCUUCCGUGGCGCGGGGCGGCGUCUCAAUGGCGCGGUGGCGCUGCUGGGGCGCAACCUGCGGAUAUCAGGCGAAAAAUCCCGUGGCUUUGGUGGUUAUAGAAGAGCUGGAUAA